AAUACUUGUCAAAUUUUUGUGCAAAAGUUUCAGAUCUUAAAAAUAUCAAAAUUGAUAUGUAAAUUUAAUCCAAAAUCAAUUAAAAAUUAGGAUUCCCUCAAAAUUAUCAAACGUGAAUUAAUCCAUUAUGGCUCCAAAUUGCUCCAAAGCUAAUCAGAGAAAAUCUCUUUUAAGCAAUCUUAAGGAUUUGGUGUGUCAAAUUGAUGGAUGUGGUGAUGCCUGUAGACAGUGUCCUCCAUGUGUACCAUGUGUCGGUCCUGUAGGGCCUGUGAUCGAAAUAUACGACCCUUUACCAAAACCGUGUUUGCCUAUUUGUGCUCCAUUUAUCUCACCUGGACCUUGUGGACCAUCUUGUGGGCCUUGUGGACCGUGUGGGCCUUGUGGACCGUGCGGUCCCUGUGGUCCAUGUGUUCCAGGUUGUGCACCUGGCACAUGCCCUCCCAAAACCAAUUGUUGUCCAGUAGCAUGCCCCCCACCAUGUUGUCCUCCGCCAUUGGUACCUCCAAUACUCCCUAUAUGCACUCCCGUACCAACACCCGCGAUACCACUUUGCAAUGUCACCGAAGAGCAGCCUUGUGUCCCAUGUAAUCCUCCGAAGAUGAUGGUUUGCUACAGAAGAGGAAAAUACCAGAGAGGCUGCGGAAAGCGGGCCAGAUCUAGAGAAUUGAGAGGGGGUAUUAUGUACAUGGGAUGCGACUGUGAGAGGUCUAAUGGUUUGCAGGGCAGCUGCAUGCGAUGGGAAUGCCAAGGUCAACCUUUGUGCGGUGGAAGAGGUCAUGCGCAUUGCGCUCCAAGUGUGUACUCCACUGGUAAACAUUUAACGAAAAAGUACGCGGACCCAUGUUUGGACGAAUACCAGUGUUAUCCUGCGUAUGUCAAAUUCCCUCCAUGCGGUCCUUGCGGCCCCUGCGGACCUUGUGGUCCACCAUGUGGUGCUCCUUGUGGCCCACCAUGCGGUGCACCUUGUGGUGCACCUUGUGGUCCUCCUUGUGGUCCUCCUUGUGGUUCUCCAUGCGGCCCUGCCUGUCCUCCUUGUGGGCCUACACCAUGCAGUCCAUGUGGUCCUUGCGGAGAAUGUUGUUGGCCGAACCCAGUCUGUCCGCCACCUCAUGUGCCUUUAAUAGCCAAACCGCCGUGUCCACCUACCAUCAUACCAUGUCCACCACCAUUAGUGCCAGUUGCUCAAAUCGUUCCUGUUAUUCCUCCUCCAGCUUGUCCUUUACCGUGUGCUCCACCAGUUCCUGUUUGCCCUCCACCUUGUCCGCCUUGUUUACCACUUCCUCCAGCACCCAUUUGUGCUCCAUCUUGCUGUCCACCACCUUGCUGUCCACCACCUUGCUGUCCACCACCUUGCUGUCCACCACCUUGCUGUCCACCUCCUUGUUGUCCACCUUGUAUACCGUGUCCGUGUUAAAAGAAAUAAAUAGGUGGAUUUGCUACUGAGUAAUGAAUGAUAUGUUUAACAUAUUAUGACCAAAGUAAGUUACAUGUCAUGCAAUUUUAUAAAUGAAGUUAUUACUUUACCAUUACUUAUAGGUAUAGAAGACGCUAACUGUAUUAUAAAACUUUACUUAGUGGUUGGUUCACUAUAAAAAUAUUAUGUAAAAACAAAAAAUUUAAUAAAACGUAGUUUUAAACUA